UCAUUCAUAGGUCAGGCGCUUCGUAUUGUCCUUCCCCACAGAUAUUAUUUAACAUUAUUAUUGGAUCGUCACUUCAAGAUGAGAUUUUGUGCUAGUGCCCUAAUUUCAAUAUUCCCGUUGGAGUUUAUGAGUUUACAUUGAAAUUGUAGGAAAUGGAAGGCAAAAAAUUAGAUGAUAAGGAAGCAAAUCCUAGGGAGACUUCUGGUUUUAUUUCGAAUCUCUUCUUCAUAUGGACCCUACCAGUUUUUGCUAAAGGUAAUAAAAGAGAUCUGACAGAAGCAGAUCUGUACAAACCACUGAAAACGCAUAAAUCCAAUAGGCUAGGUAAUAAAUUAGAAGAAGAAUGGAGGAAGCAGAUGAAAUCUAAACAUAAAUCAUUGGUUAAGGCAUUGUGGAACGUAUUCAAGGCUGAGAUUCGUUUCUACAUUCUCAUAAAUUUUUUCCUAGUAUUCGCUCCGAAGUUAUGUCAACCAAUUCUUCUUAUGCAGAUCUUGAACUAUUAUGUUCCUGGCCAAACGAGUAUAUCUGACAGUGAAGCAUUGAUUUAUGUAGUAGCUAUAAUCGUUAUUAUAUUAGUGGGAUCCAUAUCUGGCCACACAUAUGUAAUGGGAAUGAUUCAACUAGGUAUCAAAUUGAGAGUUGCGAUAUGCUCGCUUGUCUAUAGAAAAAUAUUGAGAGUUAAUAGAUACUCCAUGAACGACACCUCAACCGGUCAAAUAGUGACAUUAUUGUCUAAUGAUGUGAGGAUUUUCGACUACGUGAUGUUGGAGGUAUGCCUAUUGGUUAUUGCGCCAUCUGAACUUAUUGCAGACUCAAUACUCUUAUAUUUUCUGCUGGGAAAAACAGCCUUGGUUGGAAUCGCCUUCGUUAUACUUUUUAUUCCUUUGCAGAUGUUCAAUGGAAAGCUAUCGGCAACAUAUCGACUGAAAAUAGCCAAAAAAACUGACAAAAGAAUACUACUUAUGAAUGAAAUUAUUUCUGGCAUCCGCGUGAUAAAAAUGUAUACUUGGGAGAAGCCCUUCUCCAAAUUAGUCGAGUUUGCUAGAAGAAUGGAAAUAAAGCAAAUACGUGGAUCAGCAUACGUCAAUGCAUUUAUGCAUUCCUACAGCAUGUAUAUGAGCAGAACAGCACAAUUUAUGUGUAUUUUAUAUUUCGUACUCAACGGUCAGACACCAGUAGCACAAUACGUAUUCGUUAUAACCUCCUUCUACAAUAAUUUGACGAAAACAGUAUCGGUGAAUUUUCCAGAUGCAAUAUCCACAUUUGCCGAGUGCAAAGUAUCUUGUAACAGAAUUGAAAAGUUCCUCAGUCUUGGAGAGGUGACAAAAACAUGUGCACCUAGAAAUAGUCCUUUAAAAAAUAGUGAAAAUCACCACGGGGAAACUUCGGAUGUUAUAUUGAAGCUCACUGACGUAUCUGCGAGGUGGAACGGGCAAGACUUUGCCGAGAAUUAUCUCAAAGGUCUCAACCUAGAAAUGAAAUCUACAAACAAAUUUGCUGUUAUAGGAGAAGUUGGAAGUGGAAAAAGUAGUUUAAUUAAUGUGAUACUAGAAGAACUUCCUAUUUGUGAUGGAUAUAUGAUUAACAAAGGUAAGGUCUCUUAUGCUGCUCAAGAAUCCUGGCUGUUCAAAGGAACCAUUCGUCAGAACAUACUAUUUGGUGCAACAAUGGAUCGGACCAGAUAUGAGGAAGUUAUAAGAGCAUGCGCAUUGGAAAAAGACUUGGAAAUGUUUCCAUUUGGUGAUUUGAGCAUCGUUGGUGAGAAAGGAGUUAUGCUGAGCGGCGGCCAGAAAGCCAGAAUAAACCUUGCCAGAGCGAUAUACAGAGAAGCUGACUUAUAUUUACUUGAUGACCCUCUUAGCGCUGUCGAUACAUUGGUUGGUAGGCAAUUGUAUGACCAGUGUAUUUGCGGAUAUCUCUCCCAAAAAUGUGUCCUAUUGAUCACCCAUCAACUUCAGUAUCUUAAAACGAUGGAUCGGAUUUUCAUCAUGGAAAAUGGUACAUUUACACGAUCUGGUACAUAUCUAGAAUUGCACAGUGAUGUCAGCAAUAUCGUAAAAUUUCUUGGUAAUGCAUUAGAGGAAGAUGCAGAUGAAAAACAUGAUUUAGAGGUCACUGACCACAUCGAUAUUGAAAAUAAGGAGAAGGGAAAAGAAGAAGCACCUAGUGAUAUAAAAGAGAUUAUGAGCACUGGAGCGAUGUCUUCGGAUGUUUACAAACAGUAUUUCAAAGCUGGUGGAAAUUGGUAUAUUUAUAUUCCAGUUUUGUCGAUGUUUUUCAUCACCCAGAUUUGUGCCAGUUCAGCGGAUUACUUCAUUACAUUCUGGGUAAAUUUGGAGCAGUUCAAGAUGAAUGAGGAAAAUCAGAGUUCAGGAAACACGACAGGCGCAUUGGCUUCAAGUUCAAACCAAACAUUUUUUGGAAAGAGCUAUGACUACUAUGAAUCCAUAUUAACUACGCAAUUAUGCAUCUACAUUUACAUCACUUGCAUUUUACUUCUUAUCAUCAUUUCAAUAGCUCGAUCAACAGCUUUCUUCCAGUAUUGCCUUAGCUCAUCUACAUGUUUACACAACAACAUGUUUCGGGUGAUCGCUAAGGCACCUAUGCGAUUUUAUGAAACCAAUCCCUCGGGUAGGAUCUUGAACAGAUUUUCAAAAGACAUUGGAGCAAUAGACGAGUUGCUGCCUGUGUUAUUGCUGGAUACCAUUGAGAUAGGUAUAACAGUAAUAGCAGUCUCAACAAUACUCGCAUCCAUCAAUCCGUGGAUGCUGAUUCCAACAGUAGUUAUUAUGGUACUUUUCUACUUCUACAAACGCUAUUACAUCAAAACAAGUAGAAGUGUUAAACGCAUAGAGGGGACAGUGAGAAGUCCGAUAUUUUCUCAUUUAGCAGCGUCACUUCAAGGUCUGACAACGAUAAGAGCAUUUGAAUGUCAGGAUGCAUUAACUGAAGAAUUCGAUAAUCACCAAGAUUUGCAUACUGCAGCCUAUUAUCUAUUUCUUGCUUGCAAUAGAGCCUUCGGUCUAUUGCUCGAUUUGAAUUGCAUCGUUUAUGUGGCAAUUGUUACUGUCUCGACAUUUUUCACAGCUUCAUUUGGAGGAAAUGUUGGUCUCUCAAUCACCCAAGCCAUGGGGUUGACAGGGAGAAUGCAGUGGGGAGUAAGACAGUGGAGUGAGACUGAGAACCAAAUGACUUCUGUAGAGAGAGUGUUGGAAUACAGUAAUCUAGAAUCUGAACCCGAUAAAGCUACCAAACCUCCGAAAGAUUGGCCACAGGAAGGAACAAUCGAAUUUAGAUCGGUUUCUAUGCGUUACGCACCUGGAGAACCCGAAAUUUUGAGGAAACUCACCUUUUUCAUCGAUGCCAAAGCCAAGAUAGGAAUAGUGGGACGAACGGGUGCCGGAAAAUCUUCCAUAACAUCUGCAAUUUUCAGACUGACCGCAUUUGAAGGUCAAAUAUUGAUUGAUGGCUUGAAUACUAGCGAUAUUUCCCUAGAAAGUUUGAGGUCAAAAAUUUCGAUAAUACCACAGGAACCCUUUCUGUUCUCCGGAACACUGCGGGAAAAUUUAGAUCCUUUCAACGAAUUCGACGAUAACGUUCUCUGGAAUGCACUCAAGGAAGUCGAGCUGAAGAAUCUCGUAGCAGAAAGUUCACAUGGUUUAAAUUAUCAAGUUUCGGAAGGUGGCAAUAACUACAGCGUGGGCCAAAGGCAAUUGAUAUGUCUUGCUAGAGCCAUCAUUAGAAAAAACAAAAUUUUGAUUAUGGACGAAGCAACAGCCAACGUAGAUCCGAAAACUGAUGAGCUUAUCCAGGCUACCAUAAAAACAAAUUUCGAUCAAUGUACAGUUAUGACAAUCGCCCAUCGCCUUCACACCAUUAUGAACUCCGAUAAGGUGCUCGUUAUGGAUUCCGGUAGGCUCGUGGAAUUUGGCCCUCCCCAUAAAUUAUUGGAAGACAUAAAUGGGACAUUUUACAGUUUGGUAAUGGAGACUGGCAAGGGGAUUUCAGAAAAUUUGAAGGUUUUAGCAAAAGAGAAUUACGACAGAAAGAAUUUAUCCAGAUGACGAAACGCGAAGGGUAUACAAAAAAUAUUCCAAUUUCGUAUAGAUUACUGUAAUUUUAAGUUGAACUUUAUAUUCCGCAUUCUGAGAUUAUAUGUAUUUUAUAAUAAAAUGAGACUAAUGAAUUUUAAA